UCCAUCCAAAACCCAUUCUGUCAAAAUCCACUUCCACCUAAACCGACCAAACGCACCGAGCUGAGGACGGUCGGGAGUGAGCGCUCAUCAUCAUCAUCAUCAUCACCCUCCUCAUCCUCCUCCUCACAGCUGAAGAUGGCGGACCCGGCCGAGUGCACCAUCAAAGUCAUGUGCCGUUUUCGGCCUUUAAACAGUUCGGAGGUGAUGAGGGGAGACAAAUACAUCCCCAAAUUUCAAGCAGACGAUAAUGUGGUCAUCGGGGGAAGGCCGUAUGUGUUUGAUCGGGUGUUUCAGUCUAACACUUCUCAGGAGCAGGUUUACAACGCUUGUGCUCAGAAGAUUGUUAAAGAUGUGCUUGAGGGUUAUAACGGUACAAUAUUUGCUUAUGGGCAAACUUCCUCUGGAAAAACACACACCAUGGAGGGGAACCUGCAUGAUCAAGAUGGCAUGGGCAUUAUUCCGCGGAUCGUCCAGGAUAUAUUCAACUACAUUUACUCUAUGGAUGAAAACCUGGAAUUCCAUAUCAAGGUCUCCUAUUUUGAGAUUUACCUGGACAAGAUCAGGGAUUUGCUGGAUGUAUCUAAGACCAACCUGUCUGUACAUGAAGACAAGAACAGAGUUCCUUAUGUAAAGGGUUGUACUGAACGGUUUGUGUGUAGCCCAGAGGAAGUGAUGGACACCAUUGAUGAAGGCAAAUCCAACAGACAUGUGGCUGUCACAAACAUGAACGAGCACAGCUCCAGGAGUCACAGUAUCUUCCUGAUAAACGUCAAGCAAGAGAACACACAGACGGAGCAGAAACUGAGCGGGAAACUUUACCUGGUGGAUUUAGCAGGAAGCGAGAAGGUCAGUAAAACUGGAGCAGAGGGUGCUGUGUUGGAUGAAGCCAAAAACAUUAACAAAUCUCUUUCCGCACUGGGCAACGUCAUCUCUGCUCUGGCAGAAGGAACGACGUACAUUCCCUACAGAGACAGUAAGAUGACGAGGAUCUUGCAGGAUUCUCUGGGUGGAAACUGCAGGACCACUAUAGUGAUCUGCUGCUCUCCAUCCUCUUACAACGAGGCAGAGACCAAAACUACGCUCAUGUUCGGACAGAGAGCAAAGACCAUCAAGAACACAGUGUGUGUGAAUGUGGAGCUGACAGCCGAGCAGUGGAAGAAGAAAUACGAGAAGGAGAAAGAGAAGAACAAAACACUAAAGAACACCAUCACCUGGCUGGAGAACGAGCUCAACCGCUGGAGGAACGGUGAGAGUGUUCCCAUUGAGGAGCAGUACGAUAAGGAGAAGGCAAACGCUGAUGUUCUGGCCCUGGAUAAUGUGAUGAAUAAUGAUAAAAUCACCUCGUCUCCCAGCAUGCCCGGCCCUAAAUUCACUGACGCUGAGCGUGAGAAGUGUGAGGCUGAAUUGGCCAAACUCUACAAACAGCUUGAUGACAAGGAUGAUGAGAUAAAUCAGCAGUCUCAGCUGGCUGAGAAACUCAAGCAGCAGAUGUUGGAUCAGGAAGAGCUGCUGGUCUCAACGCGAAGGGACCAUGACAACCUGCAGGCGGAGCUCACCCGUCUUCAGAUGGAGAACGAGGCGUCUAAAGAGGAGGUGAAGGAGGUGCUGCAGGCCCUGGAGGAGCUUGCAGUUAACUAUGAUCAGAAGAGUCAGGAGGUUGAGGACAAGACCAAGGAGUUUGAAGCCCUAAAUGAAGAGCUCAACCAGAAAUCUGAUGAUGAGAUAAAUCAGCAGUCUCAGCUGGCUGAGAAACUCAAGCAGCAGAUGUUGGAUCAGGAAGAGCUGCUGGUCUCAACGCGAAGGGACCAUGACAACCUGCAGGCGGAGCUCACCCGUCUUCAGAUGGAGAACGAGGCGUCUAAAGAGGAGGUGAAGGAGGUGCUGCAGGCCCUGGAGGAGCUUGCAGUUAACUAUGAUCAGAAGAGUCAGGAGGUUGAGGACAAGACCAAGGAGUUUGAAGCCCUAAAUGAAGAGCUCAACCAGAAAUCUGAUGAUGAGAUAAAUCAGCAGUCUCAGCUGGCUGAGAAACUCAAGCAGCAGAUGUUGGAUCAGGAAGAGCUGCUGGUCUCAACGCGAAGGGACCAUGACAACCUGCAGGCGGAGCUCACCCGUCUUCAGAUGGAGAACGAGGCGUCUAAAGAGGAGGUGAAGGAGGUGCUGCAGGCCCUGGAGGAGCUUGCAGUUAACUAUGAUCAGAAGAGUCAGGAGGUUGAGGACAAGACCAAGGAGUUUGAAGCCCUAAAUGAAGAGCUCAACCAGAAAUCUCAGCAUGAGGGUGGAGGUCUCAUUGAUGAAGAGUUCACAGUGGCUCGUCUGUACAUCAGUAAGAUGAAGUCGGAGGUGAAGACUCUGGUGAAGCGCAGCAAACAGCUGGAAAGCGCUCAGACUGAGAGCAACAAGAAGAUGGAUGAGAACGAGAAAGAGCUUGCAGCCUGUCAGCUCCGUAUCUCUCAGUAUGAAGCAAAGAUCAAGUCCCUGACAGAGUAUCUGCAAAACAUUGAACAGAAGAAGAGACAGCUAGAGGAGAACGUUGACUCUCUCAAUGAGGAACUGGUCAAACUCAGCGCACAGGAGAAAGUUCAUGCCAUGGAGAAGGAGGAUGAGAUACAAAGUGCUAAUGAAGUCAAGGUUGCAGUUGAGCAGCAGAUUCAGAACCACAGAGAAGCUCAUCAGAAACAGCUGAGCAGCCUGAGAGACGAGCUGGAGACCAAGGAGAAACUCAUCACUGAGCUGCAGGAUCAGAACCAGAAGAUCAUGUUGGAGCAAGAGCGCUUGAAGGUGGAGCAUGAGAAACUCAAAGCCACUGACCAGGAGAAGAGCCGCAAACUGCACGAGCUCACGGUGAUGCAGGACAGAAGGGAACAGGCCAGACAGGAUCUCAAAGGCCUGGAGGAGACAGUGGCCAAAGAGCUGCAGACGCUUCAUAACCUGAGGAAACUCUUUGUUCAGGAUCUGGCCACACGGGUGAAGAAGAGCGCAGAGAUGGACUCAGAUGACACAAAAAAAAAAAUGCUGCUUUUAGAUUCAGCCAAGUGCUUACGGAAGGGAUCCAAGCCAAUCAGACCCGGUCAGCCCCCUGUCGCCUCUCCCACCCACCCCAAUGUCAACCGCUCAGGGGCGGGGCUCUUCCAGAACAACCAAUCAGUGGGCAUCCGUGGUGGAGGCGUAGUCAAACACUGUCGAAUGCUGAAUUUAAGCCCAGUAGCCCCAGCUGAAGCUGAUAUCACCCCAAAAAGCUGA